AUGGCUGCUGUUGCCUCCCCCGAUGCGUCCUCUGCGUCUACGAACGCGACCGCACAAGCUCCGGCGCUCAAUCUGCAUGGAUACCACCAGAUGCCGAUGCAAGAAUUCAUGCGCUUGGCAAACGGCAAAGACAGUUACGACAGAAGCAUGGCCAGACGAGCGGCAAUGGACAGGGAGCAAAAACGCCAAGUCGCUGCCAUCGGCGAGAGCAGAAGUCUGUGGUAUGCUUUGCGGAGACAUGGUACGAAGCAGCAGUGUGAAGAGUGGUUGGACACCAUUCACAGUCAUUCUACGUGGUUGCGGGACCGAGAGGGCGAAAACGAAGUUCUUCGCAAACAGUAUCAUGUCUUGUGGGACGCUGUUCGCGCGUUUGAUCCGAGCUUCGUGGACACAGAGAUGCGAGGGAGACAAGAGCGACAGGCAGCGUCGGCCAGACCUGCUGAGACUUGA